UCUAAAUUUGACUAUGUUUGUGUUUGAGAAUAAUUGUAUUGUUGUGUUGUGUCAGUUCAUUCUUUUGCGCGUUCAAUUGCUCUUGUGUACAAAGGAACUAAUUGUGAAUAAAAAUAGACGAAGCUUUAGUUCAAUACAGACAUCACACAAAACUGGCGAAGACUCUAGCAGAAAAUCUGGCGAACUGAAGCAGAAAUGAACGUCUCUAUUGAAAGUUUACUUGCCGAUGCGAAGUUUCUGGUUGGUCGACUAAAGGACCAUGACACAGCUGCAGAAUCACUUGCUGAACAAACCUCAGGACUUCAUAAAGACAUUGAAUCCCGAAACACAUAUCAAGAAAACCUCAAGGAAUUAAACAAAGUAGCAGGCCAUAGACCAAGGUCCACACUAGUGCUUGGUAUCCAACAAGAAAACUGUGCAAUUCGUUCAUUACAAGGUGAAAAUGAUGAACUAAGACAAAGCUUAAGUGACCAUCAAAGUGCUCUUGAAUUAAUAAUGACCAAAUAUAGGCAUCAAAUGGUUCAGUUUACCAAAGACAAAAAUUUUCUUCAAGUAUUUCCAACAAAUUCAAAAUUUUCCGCCGAUGAAAAACAAGAUUUAAUGAAGACACAAAUGCUCAUGGACAAGCAGCACUAUCACAACUUGCAGAUUCAUGAAAUGGCUGUUGUAAUGCAAAGUGCAAUCAAAGCAGACGAGGAAGCCUUUCAAUCACAGCAGGAAUAUGUAUCGACGUUAGAGACAGAAAACCGGGGACUUCGAGAUUUACUGAUGAUCACCGACGGCGAUCUUGGAUCUCAUUUCACCACCAAGAUGAUCAACCAUGAUACUAUAAACAGUGAAAUAAAUGGACCUCACCUUGACAUGAGUGAGAUGGAAACCUCUGAUAUGUCAAAUAUUACGAUUAAUCCCGAAGACAACCUGACAUGACUUAAUAUGAAGUGACACCUCUGCAUUGCCUUAUACAUCGUUCCCUUUUUUCAUUAAUUAGUGCAUACAUUUUGUUUCCCUUUAGCAUGGCAUACUUCAAUUUUCUUCUUGCUGGUGCUUUGAAACUCAUGGAAAAUUCAAGUGUUUUUUCUGAAGCAUAGGCAGGGUCAUCAGUUAUGUUAUGAACCACAUUUGUAUAGCUUGUAACUUUGAAAAGUUUUUUUUACGGAAAUAUUGUUUUUGCAAUUUUACAGGUAGAGGUGUAUGUUAACUGCCUGAUUUUAUUUUACCAGUGAAAAAAUUUGAUCUUACCAAGAAUCUUAGACACCAUAAUCCAUUGUAUUACAAAUUUUCCUAUUUAAGCUUGUUCAGUUUACAAUCUGUUAUAUUUAUGUACUGCCGAUGCUUGAUAUAUAGGUUUCUAUUAAAGUUUUCUUUAACCCAGGGUUCAAUGUAUGCGUUCAUGUAAACAAAGACAAUAUUUAUUGAA